UACCGGCCAUUUUGAAUCAUUCAUUGUCGCAUUUUGGUCUACAUGACAUGGAUGUCGCGCGUCGUCGAACGCGAUAGAUCGAAGAAAGAUAACGUGCGAAGCUACGUCGAGUUAGAGGGAAAGGCUAGAGAAAGUCGACGAAUUUCAUUGAGAAAGGGCGAGGCGUUGUCGCAGAAGAAGCAGCAACAAUCGUUUCACCAGCAGCAGCAUCAUAUCGGAGCAGGCCCGAUGGCGAACAUGGCAUGGCAGUAUCCGCCGAAUAAUAUGCACAACAUGUUUCCUCCGUAUCCGGGGCAAAUAUACAAUCCAGGGUAUCAAGGCGUGCAGCAUCAAGGACAGAUGUUCAAUUAUUAUCAUACCAUGAUGCCAGGAUAUGGUCAGACUUUUAAUCCACAGCAGCAACAGCAGCAGCAGCAUCACCAUCAGCAACAGCAGCAGCAACACCAGCAGCAACAGCAGCAGCAUCAACAACAGCAGCAGCAGCAGCAGCAUCAACAACAGCAGCAGCAGCAGCAACAUCAGCAGCAACAGCAACAACAGCAGGGGAAUAAUCAGACGAAGCAGCAGAUACACCAACAACCUCCUAUACCCGGUACUCCCAUGGCUUUAGAUGAUGAUUCUGAUCUUCCUCCGUUGCCACCAGGUCCACCACCAGCAGUUCAACCAACUCAGCAGCAUAACAAUCAUAUACAACAACAAUCGAUGGCUUAUCCAUCAGGAUUGAUGUAUUCAUUUCCCUAUAAUUGGAAUGGAAUGCACAAUGACACUCAAUACACAAGCGGGCAAAUUCGUUUUAACUUGCCAAACAAGAAAACAGGUCUCGGAUACACGCCAUCCGGCAAUAGUGGCGCGGCGAAAAAACGUAAGCGGAACAAAAAUUUAGCAGCUCAAUUCAACAAUAGCUUUCAGGGGAACGCAUCGACGAACAAUCCUAAUUUCAUGUCGAACGGACCUAAUGCAAAGCCAACGGAACUGCCACCGCUGCCUCCGGCGCAAUGCGAAGUGGCGGCUCCUCCGCCGCCCAGUGAAGAGCCACCACCCGGUCCUGUUGCACCUCCAGUUACGACGACGGCUAGUAACGCGAUUUCCAGCGCCGGCGCUGCUACUUCCAUCGCGGUCAAUUCUAGUCCGGUUGGAGAUUGGCCCGACAGUCUGAAGAAUUACGUGAACCGAUGCUACGAGAAAUGUAAGACGGCGGUCGACAAGGAUCAGGUUGAAAUUAUAUUGAAGGGAAAGAUCACACGCGCCGCGAACGAUGGCUCGCUUUGGGUAAAGGACUGGGAUAAGGAGCCUCUGCCCAGCAUCCACAGCGAACGCAUGACUAUGACGAUCAAACCUCAGAAGCCGGCGUUAAAGCUGGCGAAUCCUCUGGCGAGCCCACUGGUCAAUGGUCAACAGGGAGGCCUGCGCAAGACCGGGCUUUCCAGCUCGCUCGGGGCUCGGCUCGGCGCGCGUCUCUCUGUGACACACAGCAGGCGGUCGAGGACUAGGUCGAAGUCGAGAUCUAGAUCGAGGUCAAGAUCAAGAUCUAAGUCAAGGUCGCGGUCCCAUUCGCGUUCGCGGUCGCGCUCGAGAUCGAGGUCAAGGUCGACGCGUUCGCGCACACGUAGUCCGCCGUCACGCAGAUACAACAGGCGUAGCACGUCGUCGUCGUCGAAUAUUAGCGAUCGGGAGCACGAUUACAAGGCGCUUAAAACGAAAAAGUCCGCGCGCAGCAACAACAAAGCGAAUCAUGGCAAUAAGAAGACCAAGAAGACUAAGCAGGCUAAGUCACAUUUCUAUUCCGAAUUUGGUUUAGCUACAGGCAAUGUGGACGAGUUGGGUACCAAGGAGAAGCUACAGCAGCGUGCUGCCAGAUUCAGUGAUGGCAUUUCCAGGACGGUGGUCAGCAGCAGUGUUAUCAGAGACGAUCCAAAUACGGACUUUGACUUUACCGGACUCCAUAUUGUUGGCACAUGCAAGGAUCUAGAAAAGCCCUACUUGCGUCUCACAUCGGCUCCUGCUCCGUCUGCAGUUCGACCGGUAAGUGUACUUCAAAAUUCUUUGGCCCAUGUCAAGAAACGUUGGCUAGCUGAGCAGGACUACAGAUACGCUUGCGACCAAUUGAAAUCCAUCCGACAAGAUCUUACCGUGCAAGGUAUCAGGGACUCGUUUACAGUUCAUGUAUACGAAACUCACGCCCGUGUAGCUUUAGAACGUGGCGACCACGAAGAAUUUAAUCAGUGUCAGACGCAACUAAAAAUGCUGUAUCAGGAUCUCGGUGGGGAAAACCGAUGCGAAUUUAUCGCUUAUCGGAUAUUGUAUUACAUCUUUACGAAGAAUACUCAAGAUUUAACGACAAUUUUAGCAUCUCUUUCGACAGAAGAUAAAAAUGACGAGUGUAUAAAACAUGCUUUGAAAAUACGCUCGGCAUGGUGGUUGGGUAAUUUUCAUGCUUUCUUCAAGCUAUAUAGAACGGCACCUCGAAUGUCGGCCUUUCUGAUGGAUUGGUUUGUCGCGAGAGAACGAAAGAAAGCAUUGAAAUAUAUGAUAAAGUCCUACCGGCAAAAUUUGGCGGUUCAUUUCGUCGUAGCGGAAUUGGCCUUUGAGUCUUUGGACAAGUUUUAUGAGUUUGUCAAUGAGUUCGGCUUGGUUUACGCUGAUCUCGUUCGACAGCAAAUCGACUGCAAGGCAAGCAGUGGUAGUCUAGGUGGUUGGUAGAAGCGAAACUUUCCUACCUUUAUCUCUCAUGGCGGAAGAUAACUUAGUAAAACGCGCGAAAGAAAAGGGCCACACACUUAAUAUACAUACACACACAUAUAUACACACCCAUAUACACGUGUGCGUCGCAUUAUGUGUAUAUGCAUAUGUUUCGGACAUGCAUUUGUAUAUGACGCAUAUGCAUAUACAUAUAUAUAUAUAUAUAUAUAUAUCUUCCAUUUUGCUGAUAUACUCGUGUCUCGAGUUAUAAAUUUUCCUCCUGGAAGCCCUACGUGUGCUGGCUCUAUCUUUCGCACAAACUAAACUCUUCAAAAAGUCAUCGUUCCACAUCGCAAUUUCAUUAUCGUCGGGCACAAAAUCGCGCAAAAGCUUGGAACUUCGACUACAGCUCCGACUGUGAACAUUUGUACAUAUGUUAUACGCUCCUUCGUUCGCGGUUUUUCCUUCUACACGUACGUGUACAUAAUCACAAGAGGAUAUAUAUAGAUAAAUAUGUGGAUCGCUUUAUGCCGGGGACUCGUGGAAAUUGUACAAAAUCCGGAUGGAUCGCACGUUCCCAUUCAAUCCGGCGCCAUCUCACUGAAAAAGAGUAAACGUAGAGAAAAACCACCUCUUUAUAAUCGCAAAUGAAAGAAAGAAAGAAAAAGGCCAUUUUCGUCUCGUUUGUUCUCGACUUGGAACGAUUCGUUGGUAGGAAACACGAAUCGCUCUCUCCUUUCCAAUCGUUAACUGUGAACACAGUGUUCGCGAUCGAUUUUCCAAGUAUUCCUUUAAGUAUUAUCGUACGAAACAAAAGCCAUAGCUGAGCCCCGAGGCAAACCGAGUCCCGCAAAGCGCCAAGCAUCCUCUUUGAAGAGAAGAGAGCUUUGAAGAGAAGGCGACUGUAUGGAUUCCGUUUCACACAAAUCCUGGAACGAGAAGACCCUCUGUUCGUGCCACUUGUGUUAACGCGAGAGACGUUCUUUUCGGUCAAUGAUGAAGCAUUCCUGAAGUGCCGAUUUUUAACAAGAUCAAAGGAAGAAGAGGACAUCGAAGAUGGAGAGGAAGAGGAGAAGGGAA